AUGCGGUCAUCGUUGACACAAUCGCUGCAUAUAUCAAGACAUUUGGUCCACACGUGUUGUCUUCACUGUAAUCAACGCAAGUUAUCAGCGGCUACAGAUCGUUUAGUUCCCAGUCUAGGGCUCCUUAUACUGCAACAGGACCCCAAACACGACCACAGAUCCGAUGAGAAGAUAAUCAAUUUAUACGAAACUCAUAUUCCGACCACAAAUGCACAAAAAGUGAUGCUAUCGGUGGGAUCAGCCAUAGCCGCCAUCACUGACCCGUACAGACAUGAUAUGGUGGCAGUGUUUGGCGAAACAACCGGAUAUUUUGCACUGAAGGAGAUGUACCAGAAUAUGAUUCAAGACCCCGAAGGCCGACAGAUACUCGAAGACAACCCGCGAAUCAAUUCAAAGACUGUAGAUAUCGAGUGGUUGGCAACGCUUCCGGAGGGAACGUUUGGUCGCGAAUACUACAACUUCUUAAGGAUUAAUGUGCUAUACCAGGUGUGUAACGAUAGUUACGGCUGCAAUAUGUUGGGCGAAGUUGUGGUCAAAUGGGUUGAAGCCAUUCAGACGGACCUUCCUAUGUGUUGGACGGGCGGACUGUUUGGUGCCGUACGACUGGCCCCUAAACAGCGCCAAAACUAUGUCAAUACGUUCCUCCCGUGGGCUCUCCGUUGUGGACACGAGGCUAUCGGAGACUACUUACAAAUGAUGCUCUUUUCUAAACUU